CUAUAAUUGGAUUCUAUUUUCAGGCUGCUAUAAGUGUCCCUGUCUCCUGUGUGUGUCUCACGCCUGGCUCUCUCUCUCUCACUUUCGCUCUCCGUGUAUCAGCUCUUAACUCCAUUUCCCUCCAGUUCCUCCUCUUCCCGGUCCACGUCUCCUCCUUUGCUCACAUCACCUACUCUUCCUGGUCCACAUCUCCUCCCUUGCUCCCAUCACUGUCGCCGCAAGCCUUCUCACCGAGAGGAAUACCCAGCCUCUGGCACAGUGUUGACUGGACUCUUGGGAAACAUAACAGGGGCACAGGAAGCUCAACUCAGAGGGCGCAGGACGUGGCAGGCAGCGAGGUGGCAGAGUAGAUCAUGACCUGCUGACUGGAGAACCUGGAAAAGUUGCAUAAGUCCGCACUAGCUGUCCUCAUUUUGAGUCCUCGCUGGGAAGUAGCUCAGCAUAUUUGAAACACAAGUAAACAGCCAAACAAGCUCCAAGCAGACGUUUAGAACUGAACCACUAAACUGGAGCUUGAACUAAUUAGGGCGAGCGUUUGAAGGAGAGGCAGAAAGUGAGGUGAGGAACGUCUGCUCAGAGAAGGAUAAAGUACAGAGGGAGUAAGGAAAAAGAGGGCGUGGAUCCGGAGGACUGGGUAGAGGCGGGGUAGAAACUGGUUGGCUGGUCCAUGUUCUCUAGAGAACAAUAGAGUAUUUAAAAAGGAGGAAGAGGAGGCAUGCACACACACACGCGCACACACACACACGGCAGCGGGAGGAAUGAGGAAUAAGUAGAGAGCAAAGAGCACGAGCGCAGAAGACAUGGGCAUCUCGCCGCAGACACAGGGCUCCGCGCACAGACGGCCGAGCGCCAGCCGCGGGCCGCAGCACGCAACUCGGGCUCCGCAGACGCCACGGUCCAUGCAGCCGAGGACCCCGCAGUCACGGACAACGCAGCCGAGGGCGACGCCGCCACCACGUGCCGCGCAGACGCACUCCAGUCACACGCAUGCUGCGCAGACACGCUCCAGUCACACGCACGCUGCGCAGACGCGCUCGGCCCACGGCCCGCACCGGCACAGCACGCAGUCCAUGCAGACAGGCUUGCGGCGGCUGUCCAACACUCAUGCGCAUUCUGCGCAGACACAGCCGAUGCAGAGCUGCUCGCGGAGGCUGUCCAACACCCAUGCUGUUCAGCACGCCGCGCAGACUGGCUGUAACUUCUACUGCUACUUGUGCUACGGCUGCUACUGCUGCUGCCUCACGCUUCUCUCUGUCUCUCUCCUCCUCCUCCUCUCCCCCGCUCCACCCUCUCCUCCAUCACUGGGCCUCCCUCCAUCAUCCUCCCCUUCCAUUGCUGCGUCUUCCUCCAACUCUCCGUCUUCCUCACGCUCCAUCCCUGCGUCUUCCUCUCCUUCCGUCCCUGCAUCCUCUUCUCCCUCUGUCUCUCGCUCCACACCUCCAUCGCCAUCUUCCCUUAUCCCUCCGUCUUCCUCGCCUCCUGUGCUUCCUCCUCCCUCCAUCUCUCCUGACCUCCCUCCUGCAUUCCACCCUUUCCCUUUCUUCAAUCUGGUCUGCCCCUCCGCCCCACCUUCCCUGCAUUUAUCUCUCCCGCUCCCUCCUUCCUCACCCUCACACCCCCUCCUCUGCAUGCCUUGCUCCGACUCCCCCUCCCACACACCUGUUCAUCCUUCCUCCUCAUGCACCAACCUCCUGUGCCACCCCACCAUCCCUGGCCCCGCCCCCCGCCGCUUCCCCUUGGCUCCCCCCUCCCUCCUCCUGCUCCCCCGGCCCUCUCCCUGUCACCGACGGUCUGCCCGCCGCUCGCUCCCCUUCCUGCUCCUCUGCCCGCCCAGCUUAGGGGACCCCUCCCUGUCAUCGGCCUCCACCCUGGAGCACAUCCCGUCGUCAGCGGCGGCACGGCCACGCACGCUGGUGCGCCAGCAGAGCCUCCAGCAGCCGCUCACGCACCCACCCCCGCCGAGCCUCAAUGACCUGCCCCCCACCUCGCAAAGCCUGGGCCAGCUACACACAGGUCAGCCUGGCGGAGGCCUGCGGGGAGGACCCCGGGGCGUGCGGGGCAGCCCGGCCGGCGGGGGCUCUUCGCGGUAUAGGGGGACUGGAGGGGGGCGCUCACGAUCCAACCCGGGCAGCUGGGACCACAUGAUGGGACAGAUCCGGAACAGGGGCCUGGAUGUGAAGUCUUUCCUGUAAGUCUCUGCCUUUCUUGGGCUCAGCUGUCCGUUUCCAGUCCUGUCCUCCCACCUGACUGUGCUGUCAUGGAUUCUUUGUGCUGUACACCACACCGUCCCGUUUAUUAACCCAAACCAGCUGUACUUUCGUCCCACCCUCUGUCCCACCAUCAGCCGGUUGUGCCCGCUAUGCCUUUUGUUUUCUGUUCAGCGUCUCGCUGGCCGUCCCCCAUCAUAUUUCGCUUCCCCCGGCAUAACUGACGCACUGGCCAUUUGUCUGCACGCAGCACUCGCGAACAAACAAUUGGCUCAGAUCAGCAGCUCUGUUACGCCGCUACUGGCCAAAACAAUUG